AAAUUUGACAACAAAAACUCCCACCUAUUGUAUAUGUUUUUUUAUUUGAAAAGAAAAAGAUUAAAGAUUAGAGAUGAAAAAUAGUAAAUAGUCUAUAGUUGUUAUAAUUUUUCAAACUAAAUGGAAUGGAUAGCACUAAUAGGUACAUGCAGUUCACUCUACAACUAAUUUGAAUAAUUGUUAUUAUGAUAACUAUGAGAGUUGUUAAUUAAAAAAUAAUUUAAGGUUAUGUAUAUUAGAAAUGCAUUAUGUGGCAAAUAACUAUCAGAAUAUAAAUUACCAAUAAAUAUAAAUGUGGCAAAAAAAAGAUUGGAAUCUCAUAAACAGACGUGGGAUAAAUUUUUUAAAAAAUACUCAAAGAAAACAAACGACGAUGCGGAAUUGAAUUUGGAGACAUUACAGCUGGUGAUUGAUGAAAAAGAUGAUAAUGUCUGUGAACAACGUUUACCAAUGAGAAAUCCAAUUUCAAGUGUUCAAUACUGGGUGAACACUGGAAAACCGCCUUGUCUGUCAGUUGUCGAUGAAAAUUACAAUUCACCUGAAGAAACAUCACUCUCGGAGGCGGAAAUUUCAGCGUUUCAUCCAGCCGCAGUUUCUCCAUUCGAGCACAAUUCACCACAUCCACCGCAGCCAGCAAUCAUUCCAAGUGAGCCAACUAAACUUUCUUCUUCCAUCGUUUCUAGCGAUUCCGUCAAUACUCGGGAUUACAUUUUAUCCUCAAAUCUCGCCAAGAAGAACAUGAAAUUAACCGAUAUUGCUGUGAGUAACAAUAAUAUUGAGGAGGUGGACGUUUACGUUGACGUUUGCGGUACAGACGAAUUGCCAAAAACUAUUCAUCACAACAAAGAGGAAAAGUCCAUAAAUUCACAAUCUACGGUCAUCUAUGGUUCUAAUAAUGAUGUUUUGAAAAAUUCGCAAUCUACUACACUAUUACUAGUACCAACAGGAAGCUUGAAAAUUGAAGAUGUAAUUCCGAGUUUAAGGCAAAUUCGUGACAGUCCCGAGAUUUACGAAUGUGUGGCGUCAUCGGAUAAGUCGACAUCUCAAGAAUUGCAAGAUCUAUUCGUGACCAAGACCAUCAAUGAGCAGACGAUAAUCGACAAAAAUCAUCGGAGAAAAUUAUUCACAAACCCAAGCUCGCCCGUAGAAUUCUCCGAGUUCUCAAAUCCCAAACAAAUAUCCAGAAAGUCAUCGUCUUUGAGUAACAAUUCUGUUUUACAUCCCGCGUUCGAUUACUCGGAUCCUAAAAAACAAUUGCAAAUCUGGAGAAAAAAAUCGUUUUACAAAAACAGUUUACUAUCCAAUAAAGAGAAAAAUAAAACUAUUCCAUCAGAAAAAUUCUCCUUUAAUGAAGAGAAAUUAAAAAAAUGCUCAGUAAUUCUAAAUCCCCUAAGGCUAUCAAAUGUUCAAAAGAAACGAAAAUCAGUUUGCGAAAAUGGAGAUGAUACACCCGACACAUUAGAAUGUAAGAAAAUAAAAUUUUCCAAAGAGUCGAAAUCUACGAAAAAAAUGACGAUAAAGUCAGAUAUAUCAGAUACCAAGAAAAAUUCACAAUUGAUGAAAGAAAAUCAAUUGCAACAAAGUGAAAUGUUUGAUUCGAAAUUGGCAAGUUUAUCGGAACAUCCAAAACUUAAACAUUGCUCGAUUAUUUUGAUACCUCUCAAUCGCUUUUCAAUUGAGAAAGGAAUUUCCGAUCAACCUGAAGAUAAAAAAACAAGAAGUUUAGAUAAGUUUGUCAGCAAUGAAAAUGAAAAAGAGCAAGACAAAAUGAAUUCGGAAAGAAAAAAAAAUGCCACAAGUAUCAGAAAUUCAGUCCGAAUUUCAACACAAAAUAUUUCGAAAUUUACAGAAAAGAAGAGAGACAUCCGAACGAGUAAAUUAGAAAAGGAUUUUAAAAAACUGCAAAAAGUAUCUGACUCAUCGGAAUUGAAACAUUUGUCAAAUCCCUCGAUUUGUAAAAUGGAAAAAACUUUUUCCUUCGGACGAUCAGACAGUGAUGAUACUGAAGAGUCGAAAAACGAAAAUAUUUCGACGAAAUAUAAUGGUGACGCCAAAGGAAAUAGGAAACUUUUUACAAGCAUUUUCUCAAUCGAGUCCGAUGAAGAAUCCGACAUGACGAGUAUUUUUCAUAAAUCUAGAAAUAUCGUCGGAUUGAAGGAAGUAAAUAAAGAAAAUAAAAUUAGAAACUUAAAACAUUUCAACGAAAACGUUCUAGAGAACAAUCCGUUACUCAUGGAAUUGUCUCACUAUACAAGCGAAGAAAAUGAAAACAGCAGAAACUCGAUUUUAAAUAUUCAAUUACAUGGAUCAAAUUCUAGAAGAUGGACAAGACUUAUCGUCGUGCCAUCUUCUUCUGAAGACGAACUUUCACAAAAGGAGAAAAUUCCAAGAAGAAAACGAAAGAAUAGAGAAAACUCUAAACAACCAAAAAUGGGAGAAAACUCGACAAAAGAAGAAAGUUCCAGCUUGAAAGUUCCAGUGGAUGACGAACAAUUUAAAUUAAAUACUCAAUUUGAUGAAAAUAGUAUCCAAGUAUCAAAAGAACCAUGUCUUCAUGCUUUAGAUAAUGAAGAAAGUAAAUUUAAAGAUGUUUUUCAUUUAUCGUCAAAAAAAAAUAAACAGGAAAUUGACGAAAAAGAAAAGGAUAUUUUGUCCAAUGACAAACACUUGACAAAUACAAAAACAAAAAUCUCCAAACUUACGAAAAAAGAAAUGAAAUCCAGCUUAAAAGUUCCAGUGAUAGACGAACAAUUUAAAUUAAAUACUCAAUUUCAUAAAAAUACAGAAAUGGCUGGAAAAUCUUGUCUUCAUACUCUAAAUAUUAAAGAAAGUGAAUUUGAAAAUAUUUUCGAAUUUCUUGAGAAAAAAAAACAAGUAGACAUUGACGAGAAGGAAAAAUACAAUGUUUGUUUUAAUUUAAAAGAAGAAAAUAUAAAACAAUCAUUGAAAAAAGAAAACGCUAAACAAAUGAGAAAACAAAUAAAUUGCAAGCAGACGAGAAAAGAAGAAAAUUUAAAACAACAAAAAUUUAUUACCGAUAAGGAAGAAAGCAAAUAUAUCGUAAGACAUAAAUCGAUGAAAGACGACAAACAUUUUUUUAAAAAUUUAGAUUUCUCUUCAUCAGAUGAAGAAACAUCUAAAAAUACAAAAAUUAAAGAAAGUUUCAAUGAUUUGAAACUUAAUUCAAAUAGAAAUGAUAAAGAUAUUUUCGACUUAAUUACAAAAAAAAGUCACACUAAAAUUGAACGAAAAGAAAAAGAAAAGAAGAUUUUGAAACAAGAAAAGAAUAAAAUUUUAGAAAGCUUCCAUGAUUCAGAACUUGUUUCGGAUAGUGAUGAAGAAGAUAUUUUCGAUUUCAGACAAAAAAAAAAAUAAAGUAAAAAUUAUUAAGAAUAGAGAAGAAGAGAUUUCUUUAAAUUAUCGAGAGGAUAUCUUUAAAAAAACGAAAAUUGAAGAGAAAGUAAAUUUUUCGAAGUUAACUUCGGAUAGUGAUAAUGAAGAUAUGUUUGAUUUUAGACAGAACGAAAAUAAAAUGAAAGUUGUUGAAAAAGAUAAGAGUAGGAAAAAAAUGAUUUCUUUAAAUUCAAAAAAAGAUAUUUUAAAAAAAUCAAAAAUUCAAGAAAAAGUUAAUGAUUCGAAUCUUAUUUCGGAUAAUGAUGAUGAGAAUAUUUUAAAUUUUAGUACAAAAAAAAAUUUUACUAAAACUGACGAUAAGUGUAAUGACAGUGAAAUUAAGAUUUGUGGUGUUUCAGAAGAGAAAAACUUAACAAAAUACAAAAAUCGAUUUAUGCGAAAAAAUAAAAAAAUGUUGAUAAAGAAAUAGUAACUUGAAACUUGUGUAAAAAGGUUUAUAUUUCACGUAAAACAAAUUUUAUUUUUUGAUAUGUAAAAAAAAUUAUAAAAAACUUGUAAAAAGAAAAAUCGGAAACAUUAGAAAAUUGAUCAUUUUUUUUUCUAAAAAAAGGGGUAUAUUUAUACCCCAGUUAUUCCUUCUAGGAUUAAUGAAAAUAAAAAGGAAUUGUUACAUUUAAUUUAAUUUACUUUAUCUUGAAUUUUUUUAUAAUAACUUUUUCAAUAGGAAACAAUGAUAAAUAUUUUUAGCAAUUGGAAUCAAUUUUAUGUCAUAGUGACUAACUUUAGUAAUGAAGAUUAAGGUCAUAGUAAACAUAAUUUAAUACCAAUUCAAUUGAAUUUGGUAAAAUACAAUUGUUUACAAAAACUCGCAUUUUACAAAUUACGAAAUAUUUAUUAUUUAUUGUAAUAAGUGUAUUAAUGAUCUUUCGCAAUUACAUGAAACCAUAUUUAUAUUAAUUUUGUUAACUAUUUGUAAAUUAAUUGUAUUUUUUUAAGUAAGAAAAUAUUUAUUAGGGGAGACUGGGGCAAACCGGCCAUGUUAACAGUUGUAAGGCUCUAGUAACUAAAGAAACUAAUGAAAAACCUUUUAUAAUAGCUUGUUGGAAAAGUCAUCUAAUUGCGCAACUUUUUCCUACAGACACAUGUACCUUAAAAUGUAUUGUUUAGCUGCUGCAUCAAUUUUAAAAAAAUUUGCAAGCUGGCCGGUUUGCCCCACCCCUGAGGUAAACCGGCCAGUUUAUUUUUUGUUUGUUUGUUUAGAGAAUUAAUUGUAAGGAAAACGUCACUAAAUAUAACAGAUCAAUAAACAAUCUUCCUAAUAAGGAAAAUAAUAAGAUAGGAUUAAAUUUCAAUUAAACAAACAUCUUACUUAUUAUAAAACAAAUAUUUUCAACUAAUUGUUGUCGUUCACGAAGAAACGUCUGUCGGUGAACUUUAAAUCAUUAAAUAAUAUACCGAUAAAUUUAACUGAGGCAUACACCUUUUCAACCUAAAAAACAAUUUUAAUAAAUAUUACACGAU